AUGGCAUCAUCAGUGCUCUUCUCAUUCUUUCUUCUGGCUUGGACGCUGUGCGUCUUGCCUACAACUACCGAAGCAUAUUGGUUUCGUCGUUCCGACACAUCUCAUCAAUCACAAGUACGGCUGUCUGACGCAGCGGCCGCGACCUCAGUCCCUUCAACUUUGUCUUCGGCUCAGUCAUACAUCUUCUCAUUGCCGACUCCGAGGAUCGUCGAGCCCACCUUGACCUCUCAAGGCAUGAUUGUCACCUCUAUCAUCCCACUCUAUGAAGUCUGUAAUACUCCAGGGUCGGAUGCAUCAUCUUGUUCAACGGUGUUUGAGACGAUUGUGACAACGACCUGCUCUACGGUGUUGACAUAUGCUUUCACAAAGUCUACGAUCAGCGAUUGUAGCCAGAAUAUUACAUUCUCGACACAAAGCAGCUACUCUUUGGCCACUGCUACCGUCAGCGCUACCAUGACACCUGCUCCCGAAAACCAGCCGCAGUCUGUCACCACAUACGUUCAGAGUAUUGUGUCCUACUACAUCGCUCCGUGGCAGUCAUUAGCAGCAAACACACUCUCAAAUGUGACGGUCCUGGUCUGCCAACAUGAUUUUUCUGGAAAUCCAACAUGUACAACGAUCCAGGAAGUCUGGGUGGUCCAUACGGAAUCUGUUCCUGUUAUCACAACGAGCACAUUGAUCAUCUCGACAACACUCGCAUCACCCGCCGUGCUUCUUCUAGGCCCAACCGAAAGCAUAACAGCCACCGCCGGCCCAUUAUAUGUCUCUACUGAGAUCGUAUACUCAUCGAUGACCCCGAAUGCCACUACCUCUAUAUCGACGAUUCCCAAGACAUCGACCACUCAUUCGACUUUGACACUCACGAGCACUUUGCCUCCAAGGACUAUCACGUUAACUUUGAGUUCCGUGACUCCUACCCCUGAACCGUCAGUCUAG